UUACUACUAACUCCACACGCUAGUAUCAGGUAACUAGUCCAUCCCAUGAUUCCCAUCCCAUUCAAUGCUGUGGUGCAUGUACUCCGUAGAGAUCUGGGAAAGGGGAACAGGAAGCGGCUGACAUAGCUCUCCCACGUGACCAGGCGCCUUCCCCGAUCCGAAAACGCAUCCCAACCUUCGCCAUAUCAACUUGAGGCUCCCUUUUUUCUUCUGCUCUGCUUCGACUCAACCUUACGACAUACGAGCUCGUUUCUCCACUCCCCUCUCUCUCCCUGCUUCUUCUUCGCUCCGUCUUGUCCGUGAAGCCUCUUUGUCUUCCGAAUCGUCUAACGUAUUGUCCUCCCCCAAAAUACGCCCUACCCUCUAAUAUUUCCCUGUUGUUGUUGUCUUCUUCUCUCUUCAACCUCCCUCGUCGCGCAAACCAACCUACCUGUCUUUCUGCUUCAAAAGACUUCCCUCUUACACGAUACAAUACCUUGUUGUCUCGCCAGCAGAGUGCAGCACCGUCCUGUUUUAUAGACGCCCGCCCCAAGGAAACCUAACUGAAAUUCCCCCCCCAAAACAAACUUUCGGCGCUCCAUCCCGAGCUUUCAUCGAUCUUGGCAUAUUCUCUUUCUCGUCUUGCUUUUGCUCUAGCAUUUUCUUCCACCUUUUCUUUUCUUUUCAUUCUUGCUUUCGUUCUCAUUAUAAACUGUUAAGCUGUCAAUCUAUCCUUUCCAAGGAGUGACUGACGUGAAAUAAACAUACCAAUCAACUUCUGAAAGCAAACAACAAACCCAAAAUACACAGAAAAGCGUGGAAUUAAGGAAAACGAAAAGGACGUACAAAGCAGCUCUCCCCUCCUCCCUUCCAUUUGAACUAUUAACAUCCACCCACCUAUCUAUCUUUCCCUGUCCAUCUAUCCAUAUGGCUUCACCCCGUCCCGCCCACACCUUCAACAACCCGGGCUAUAAUCUCCCUAACGGUUCGACGAGCGGCCCCACCCCCGGAGCUACUGCGCUGCUCCCCAAUAAUGGCAGAGUGAUUCAGACUGGUGGUGUGCGGGUGCUUUGCGUUGCAGAUGUGCGAGGGAACUUGAAAUCACUCAAUGAACUCGCCAAGCAAGCUCGCGCCGACCAUAUUAUCCAUACCGGCGACUUUGGAUUUUAUGAUGAUAGCUCUCUUGAGAGGAUUGCAGAAAAGACCUUGAGACACGUUGUUCAGUACUCUCCCCUCCUUCCAGAGUCCAACAAGAAAAGCAUCGCCUCUGUUCCGCUCCAGCAAUCCAUUAAACAGCGAUUCAGCCCCGAGCAACUCCCUCUCUCCGAGCUUCCUCUAUUGCUCAACAAGCAGUUGACACUCGAUGUUCCCGUAUAUACUGUUUGGGGCGCCUGCGAAGAUGUAAGGGUACUAGAGAAGUUUAGGUCUGGUGAAUAUAAAGUCGACAAGCUACACAUCAUCGAUGAAGCCAGCUCGAGACUAUUGGAUAUCGGCGGAGUGAAACUGCGCCUGCUUGGUCUGGGAGGUGCAGUGGUUAUGCAUAAACUGUUCGAUAAUGGAGAAGGAAAGACAACAAUUGCAGGCGGGCAAGGAACUAUGUGGACAACGCUCUUACAGAUGGGCGAAUUGGUUGAUACUGCAAACCGCGUUUAUGAUCCGUCUGAGACACGUCUUUUCGUCACGCAUGCCUCACCAGCUCGCGAGGGCAUGUUGAAUCAACUCUCUGUCACACUGAAGGCUGAUUUCUCCAUAUCGGCGGGAUUGCAUUUCAGAUAUGGCAGUUCAUACAAUGAAUUUAGCGUCAAUCCUACUCUUGACCAUUACCGUGGCAAACUGGCGGCUUCGAAGGCCUCAUUUAACGAUGUGUGGGACACAGUGAAAGGGGAGGUCGAGACUGCCAUCAAUGCCAACGAGGCCCAAAGAACUCUACUGGACAAUGCACUAAAUAUAGUUGAGAAGAUGCCAACCAUCGCGAAUGGCGGAAACCCCUUCGGAGGCCCUGUCGCAGCGAGCAAUGCAGGCGGACAGGUUGACGAAAGCGCGUUCAAAAACAUGUGGAACUUCAACCUGGCGGAUGCUGCUUUCGGAUAUCUAGUUCUGGAAAUCGAUGGUGGCCGUAUUGGAACGGAAAUGCGCGCUCAGGGCUUCAACUUUUCACAUCGUACCGGCAAGCAACCAACCAGUGUGCCGCCAAUAGCCCAACAGCCAUCCACCAUGGCGCCUCUUCCCGGCGCGCCGGGCGGCACCGGUGCUGCGCCCCCUGGAGCUCCUGGACAACCAAGAUCUACUGGCGGUGCUCCUCAAUACGGACAGGCUCCAGUACCGAACCGUGCGUCCGGACCGACCUAUCAACAGGCAGCCCAGGCUCCCGCUACACAAAAACCCGCGGCCCCCAUUCCUCCGAAAACAACCGCAUCACCAGCUCCCGUAAUUCCGAACAACAAAGUCAAUAAGCCUACCACCCCUCAACCCGCUGCCGGAGCGAAUGCCAAUGUUCCCGCAGCUUCGACAGAUAAAGCCAACGAGUCAAACGGCACGGCACAUGGUGCCGGAGACAGGACGGAUUCCAGGAAUGAUUCAAGGACAGGACCCCCUCAAGAACGCAAACCAAGCAGCGGCCUCUUUAUCUCAAACGUGGACUCCGAACAAGCGAUCCGCGAUCUAUUCCCCGAAGAAGACAAAGCAAAGAUCCUCAAGGUAGAAAAAUGGGGCAAAUUUAACCAUGUGGUGACUUUCUCCACUCCCGAGGAAGCCAAAGGUGCCUUGGAACGGCAGCCACCUGAACAUAAAAAACCAAGCCCUCCAGGACCAAAUCGGAAACCAAACGUGAAGAUGUUUGAGGAUCGCGGGAGCCGAAGGGAUAUGAAUCGCGGGGAUGGCAACGCUGGAACGUGGCAAGCUAGUAAUCGCGGUGGUGCUGGGGGUGCACCUGGCGCGAAUGUUGGUCAACGGAGUGGGUAUCAGAGUGGUAGUGCUUCGAGCGAUAUGGAGAUGGGACGUGGACGGGGUGGGUUCGGUGGUCGGGGGAGAGGUGGAAGAGGUAGUGACAGAGGUGGACGUGGCGGUGAGAGAGGUGGAAGGGGUGGUCGUGGUGGAUAUGGAGGUUCUGGGGAUCGCGAGCGCGGUGGUGCUGGAAAGGGUGGUGCAGGGGGAACGGAAUCGCCCGCUCCUGCUACCUCAACGCCUGCGUCUGCACCCGCUGGGGAGGCGAAAGGGGGAGAUUAAAUGAUGAGCGAUUUGAUGUUACCUGACGAGAUGGAUAUGGUUGAGUUUGGGUUGUUUGCUAUUCUAUUUUAUUCGUUUUCAUGUUCGUUUGGUUUCUUUUCACCUUUUUCCCGUUCUUACGUGAUGCUGUGUAAACUGUUCCCCUUUUCUAAUUUUCUAUUUCUUCAACUUGUGUUCCUUUGUUUAUUUAUUUUUUUCUUGUCAGUUUUCAAUUGUUUUCAGCUUCAGUUUCUCCCCUUUGUUCUCCUUACUCCCCUCCCCCCCCCCCUUCCCUUUUUGUUCUCUCUUCAUUAAAGAUUCAUAUCAUACAUACCACUGUGCCCGCAGCUACAACUACCUCAAUACCUACCAACGUACCUAACUCUCCGCGUAUUCAGCUCACCUAUCAUAUUCUUCUAUCUACCUCACGCUAACUAACGAGGCACCUGAUUCAACAGAUUUCUGAUUUCUGCUUACCUUUUCUUUCUUUUCUUUUGUUUUCUUUUGCAAGUGGGCAAAAAGCAAGUAAAGUUGUGGGGAAAGGAAUAAACUAUAAUGUUUUAUUUUUUAUGGCCGCGCCCUCCGUUCCUCGUCAAAGCGCUAGGAGUGAGAUUUGAAUGGUAAAGAUCCAAGGUAGGUUUGUAUGUAGAUAUGAAUGGAUUGUCCAGCAGCAUGUAGAGAAGGGUAUUGAUUGGCAGUGGAAAAAUAGGAAGAACAAGUUCUAUAUAUGCGUGCGUCUGUUUUAUCAUGAUUCUGUGAUUUUCCUCUAAAAAUAAUAUUUAUCUCUUUGGGUGGUUCUAUGGAAUAAACAGUGCUGAAUAUCAUUGAUACCUAGGAACCUGCUAGAUGCAAGUAAGAAUAGGACAUGUCUAAGGGAGAGCAUGCUAACAUUUAAAAGGGGAGGGGGAGAAAAAGAAAAAUUCAAAAUUCAAAAUUGAAAAUGCCCUGCACUCUUUGUUUCCUCC